GUGGUGCAGUCAUUUCUAAAGGUGUGAUCACAGAGUGGUGCAGUACCAUUUCCAGAGCCAAAGAUUUCUCCGUUUUCCAGCAGGGAUACAGUCAGAGACGCUGAUAGAAAUUCUGAAGCAUUUGAGAAACUAGGAAUUUAAAGAAUAUAAGUGGUACAUGCAGAAAGAUGACUUCCUGGAAGACUUCCCACCCAUCCCGGAGAGCCGACGGUAGAAGGCGGACUGUAUGGACACGGUGGACCUGAUGCAGACCUACAGCAGUCAGUACCUGGAGGUCACCUGUAAGGUUUUAAAGAAGAUGAAAAAGAACGAUCUGUUGGAGUCGUCGUCAGACACCGGCUCGAAGCCCAGAGGUACAGAUGUGCUGAAUCUGGAGCUAAAGACAUCUCCUGAUUCCUGAGAGGACCAAGGAUGGCAACACCAACAGAGUUGGAGGAAGUGCUGGAGGAGCUGGGAGAGAGGGAGCGAAAAGAUUUUAAUGAGAUGGAAACAAAGGAUCAGGUGGAAAGUUUAUCAAGCACUGACUUAGGACCUGAAGAUGUGAGAUGCAUGCCAGCAGCUCCGCCUCCACAACCUGAAACAUCGUACCAAGUCACACUGCAGUCUGAACUCCAGAACAUCUUCAGGUGUGCUCAGGAGGGACUUGAGAAGCAGACUGAGGAACGUUUGUAUGACGUGACCCCAGAGCUGUUUAUUACAGAGAGACGGACCACAGACUCCUGUUCACAACAAGAGGUCAGGCUGGCUGACCUCGAGUCAGAGAGGGCGGUUAAACCCAGUGACCUCUUCCAACAGUUUUCUAGUGAGGGCACUGCUGUGAGGACAGUGCUGACCAGCGGGAUAGCGGGAAUUGGCAAAUCAUCCAUUGUUAAGAAGUUUUUGUUGGACUGGGCUGAAAAAAGAACCAAUCAAGACUUACAUCUGAUCUUCCCCUUUGACUGUCAGCAGAUGAGUUUAUGGAAAGGAGAAACAUUUAGCCUGGCAGAGCUCAUCCAUACAUGUAUCCCAUAUUAUUCUGCCAGUGGUAUCAAAGAAGAGACUUUAAAUGACAUUUUCACAAGUUUACAGAACUCAGGGGACACAAGUGAGUUCAGACUUCUGUUCGUGUUUGAUGGAUUGGAUCAAAGUCGCCUUCAGCUCGACUUCACAGGAAAAACAGAGAAGUCUAUUGAUGUGACAAAGUCAGCCGGAGUAGAAGUGCUGCUAACCAACCUCAUCAGGGGGAAACUGCUUCCCUCUGCUCGCCUCUGGAUAACCACACAACCUGCAGCAGCCAAUCGAAUUCCCCCUCAGUAUGUUCACAGAGUGACGGAGGUCAGAGGGUUCACUGACCCUCAGAAGGAGGACUACUUCAGAAAGAGAUUCCAAGAUGUGGAGCAGGCCAACAGGAUGGUCGCCCACAUCAACACAUCCCAAGGACUACACAUCAUGUGCCACAUCCCAGUCUUCUGCUGGAUCACGGCUGCAGUUCUGGAGGAUGUGCUGAAAACCAGCGAGGGAGGAGAGCUGCCCAAGACCCUGACUGAGUUGUACAUCCACUUCCUGACGGUUCAGAUUAACCACACAAAGCAGAAGGAUGUCCCAGAAAAGUGCAUUCGGUACAUAAUGUCAUUGGCUGAACUAGCUUUUCACCAGCUGCUGAGAGGAAACGCCAUCUUUACUGAGGAGGAGCUGAGCUGCAGUGGCAUUCAUGUCAGAGCAGCAUCAAAGUACGCAGGACUGUUCACAAAGAUCUUCAAGCAGGUUUGUGGACAAAGGAAGGAACAGGACCAGAAGAAUAUCUUCAGCUUUACUCACCAAAGCAUUCAUCAGUUUCUAGCUGCAGUUCAUGUGACCAUAUCACUGUUUAGCUACAACAGAAAUGUGAUGCCUGUCCCCCGACUCACCGUGCAAAGUCUGUUCAUGUGUUUCAGUAAAUCGAACUCUUCUACAGCUCUGAAUAUCCAAAAAAAUGCAGUGAAGACAGCGUUAAAGAGCCCAAACGGUCACCUGGAUUUGUUUGCCCGCUUUCUCCUCGGUCUGUCACUGCAGACCAAUCAGACUCUCCUACAAGACCUGCUGACACAAACAAGAAGUAGCUCACAUAACAAUCAGAAAGCAAUCCUGUAUGUGAAGAAAAGGAUCAGGAAGAAUCCUGGUCCAGAACAAUGCAUCCUUCUGUUCCACUGCCUGAAUGAACUGAAUGAUCGUUCUCUAGUGGAGGAGAUCCAACGAUACCUGAGUUCAGGAAGUCUCUGCAUAGAUAAACUGUCUCCCACUCAGUGGUCGACACUGCUCUUCAUCUUACUGUCAUCAGAAAAAAAUCUGGAUGUGUUUGACCUGAAGAAAUACUGCGCUUCAGAGGAGGCUCUUCUGAGGCUGCUGCCGGUGGUCAGAACCUCUAGAAAAAUUCUGCUGAGUGGCUGCAAGCUGUCAUGGAGAAGCUGUGAAGCUUUGUCUUCAGUUCUCAGCUCCCAGUCCUCCAGUUUGAGAGAGCUGGAUAUGAGCAACAACGAUCUUCAGGAUUCAGGAGUGACGUUGCUGUCCACUGGACUGCAGAGUCCACACUGUAUACUGGAGAUUCUUAAGCUGUCAGGCUGCAUGGUCACAAAGGAAGGCUGUGCUUCUCUGGUCUCGGCUCUGAGCUCCAACCCUUCACAUAUGAGAGAGCUGGACCUGAGCUACAAUCAUCCAGGUGACACGGGAGCAGAUAUGCUGUCUGCUCGACUGGAUGAUCCAAACUGGAGACUGGAUACUCUCAGAUUGGACCAUGGUGGAGAGCAGAGGCUGAAACCCGGCUUAAAGAAGUAUGCCUGCGAGCUGCAGAUAGACCCAAACACAGUAAGCCGAGCCCUCAGAUUGUCCAACAACAACAUGACGGUGACAGCGUCAGACUUUCAGUCAUAUCCGAAUCAUCCAGACAGAUUCGACAGUUGGCCCCAGCUUCUGUGUAAAAAUGAACUGAGCGGUCGCUGUUACUGGGAGGUGGAGUGGAGGGGACUAGUGGACAUAUGUGUGAGUUACAGAGGAAUCAAAAGAAAAGGGAACAGCCCUCGAAGCAGGUUUGGAGGAAACGAUCAGUCUUGGAGUCUGAGCUGCUUUCUUGACCGCUACGCUGUCUGCCACAACAACCAAGGGAAAGAGAUGUACUUCCCUUCCUCAUCCUCAUCCUCUUUCUCUAAGAGAAUAGCAGUGUAUGUAGACUAUCCUGCCGGCAUUGUGUCUUUCUACAGAGUCUCCUGUGACACUCUGAUCCACCUUCACACCUUCAACACCACCUUCACCGAGCCUUUGUAUGCAGGCUUUGGCUGUGACUCCAGGCUGGGCUUUAACCUGAUGUUUAACAUCCAGUCCUCAGUGUCUCUGUGCAAGCUGUAGGAGGAUGAGUGUAAAUGAUGAGUAUGAAUCAGUCAAGUUUGUGCACUUUAAACAGAACAAAUAACACUUUAUCAUAGUGAUGUGUUUUUGUUUUUUGUUUUUUUACUGAUUAACAAGAGUUGGAAAAACUGGCACUUCUUCUCAGAGUAAUGCUCAAUAGUGGGAAUAGAGAGUAUACGGCUGUGUUAUUAGCCCUUUGGCCAUCCUUGCCAAAGGGCUAAUAACACAGCUGUAUAAAACCGAGGAAACAUCCUAGGAAUCACAGGAAACAGCAAAAUCCAUUAAAACUGUGGAAACAAACUGAAAACUGAAUGUGGGGCAAAGGGCUUGUUUGUAUGGUAAUAAAAUGUAGAGGUCCAUCAAGCAUAGAAAUAAGUAUACUGCAAUUGUUACAGGUUCAGCAUUGGUCAUGUGUUAUUACUUCUCCUGCUAAAUACACACAACAAGCAUACAAGCUGGUUUUAUGGACUUCAUAUGUAUUUGUUUCAUAAUCUUCAGUAAGUAUGGAUCCAUGAAGCGUCCCAUAGACAUCCGCCAUGUCACCAUGACUACGCUCCGCCCAGCGGGAAACUUUCAGACCAGGUCACAACCUGUGCAGAAUUUAAUGAGAGUUACCACAAAGAACAAAAGCAAAAGAUUCAUAGCUGGGAGAAAAUGCUCACGCACACACACACACAUAUAUAUACUUAGGUGUGUACUGACUUUUGUUCCCAGUGGUUUAGACUUAAUGGCUUUGUGUUGAGUUAUUUAGAGGGGACAGCAAAUUCACACUGUUAUACAAGUUGCACACUUUACAUUGUAUCAAAGUGUCAUAUCUUCAAUGUUGUCCAAUGAAAAUAUUUACAAAAAUGUGAGAGGUGUACUGACUUUUGUGAGACACUGUAUAUAUAUAUAUAUAUUUUUUUUUUUUCUGUGAGAUUUGAUGAUGGAUGGAUAUGAAGCCUGGAGAUGGAGCUGUGAUGGUUAGGAUGAACGGUCAUGGUGAUGCUUACACUCUGAGCUUAGGGGGGGCACAGACUUAAAGUCAUAAGGAAUAGAGAGCAAGACAGCGAUGUUCCCAUCAGCUUGCUUUGUCGAUUGGUUGUGCACCACUGAUGAUAUGCGCACUGGUCAGAGAACCAGUGGAAAAGUCUUGAAUAAUUAAACCCAUCUGAAGGCAAACAUGGACUUGUGCAGAAUAAAUUCAGGAAAUAUUUUUAACUGGAAGGAAAUAAGCAGAAGGAAAACAGGUCAUACUUAUUAAAAGUAAUGUCUACACUACAAAUACAGUGAAAGCCAAAAGCAUGCAGUCACCUGUGGUUGCACAGUGUAGAUGCUCUGAUUCACGAUCUCGAUGGUGCACUGGCGAUGUGUUAGUGACUGCAGCACACAAAGAGAAGAGCAUAGAAGCAAGCCCACCCCAGUCUGAAGAGAAACAUUAAAAAGACUUUGAUAAAAAGCUUGGUGGGGAGAAUAUCUGAGGCGCUUGAAGACUGCUUCAUUUUAUCUGUUAAUCCCACCAUAUCAUCAAAUGUCGCAGGUGUAAAAGUAGACCAAGAGUGAGAAGGGGGCACCUCGCUAGCAGAAAGCUUUAGGGGGAGAUGUUGGCAUUGAUAUCUUUGAUCUUAUCAACAAAAAAUUGAAGACAUU